AUGAGGAGGCGGAGUAGGAAGAAGAAGAAGAAGAAAGUAGAUGCUCAAUGGACAGGGAGUGGGGGAGGAGGCUCGGUACGAGGCAGGAGGGCCCUGCUGAGCAUCGAUGCCAGGUGGUGUGCGGAAGUAAUGAUGCUGGAGGCUCAACCUUGGAGAUAUCGGGGGGAUGUUUCAGGGGUAAGGAGAUCGGAGAUGAGACACGCACCAGGAUGGUCGGGGGCGGGCAACGCCAGUAGAAAGAAGGCAAAGGGGGAACAGGGAGGAGGGUGGAGAACAUGA